CACCAGCGUGCUGCGUUCACGGCUCCGUAACUGUAGAAACUUGGGGCCUCCCGGCUUGCACUUGUGACACCACGCAUUCUGUUCGCUUUUUUAGCAGAAGCAAAGUUUCGGUGCGAACCCGUGAUGGAGCGCUGGAAGGGCAGAGUGGCUCUGGUGACCGGAGCUUCGGUCGGGAUCGGAGCGGUUACAGCUAAAGAAUUGGUCCGCUUCGGCAUGAAGGUGGUGGGCUGCGCAAGAAACGUGGACAAGAUCCAGGACCUGGCUGCAGAGUGUAAGAGCGCGGGCUACAGUGGCAUGUUGAUUCCUUUCAAGUGUGACCUGACCAACUUGGAGGAGAUCCAGUCCAUGUUUGCAGCCAUCAAGGAGGAGCACAAAGGCGUGGACGUUUGCAUCAACAACGCCGGCCUGGCUCACGCCGAGCCUCUGCUGAGCGGCAAAACCAGCGGCUGGAAGAACAUGCUGGAUGUCAACGUUCUGGCUCUGAGCAUCUGCACACGCGAAGCGUACCAGUCGAUGAAGGAAAGGAGUAUUGAUGAUGGACACAUCAUCAACUUAAACAGCAUGUGCGGACACCGUAUUCUUCCCAACGCUGAUAUCCAUUUCUACACUGCAACCAAGUAUGCCGUGACCGCCCUGACUGAGGGCCUAAGACAGGAGCUCCGAGAGGCCAAGACACACAUCAAAGCCACAUGUAUUUCUCCAGGCUUAGUGGAGACAGAGUUUGCGCCACGGCUCUACAGCCAGAACGCAGAGAAAGCUGCAUCAGUUUACACCCACUAUAAGGCUCUGGAAGCAAUAGAUGUUGCUAAUGCUAUCGUAUACGUCCUAAGUGCCCCUCCUCAUGUGCAGAUUGGAGACAUUCAGAUGCGAUCUGUUGAGCAGAUAGCAUAGAUUUGCACAACAAGACAGCUGAGCUUACACACUGUUUCCCAUGAUCUGUUCACCAUAUCUGUGAAAUCAUUAAAACAGCUAAUAAAAGUCUGGCGUAAAGGUAAAA